UGAACUUCACUUUGAAGAUAAUGGGUAUCCAUCACUCACCAUAAAUAAAAAUGUAUAUAUAUAUUAACAAAACAAAUCAUUGAUGAAUUGAAAGAAACCAAAUUGUUUUUCUAUUUUUUAUUUUUUUAUACGUCCACUGCACCAUCAAGCAUAAAUUCUCUCAUGUUUUCGAGCCCUUAAUCCCCUUUCUUCAAGUGGGAUUUCUUGAUUUUCUGCAUUUGAUUCUCUUUCCAUCUCUUUCUAUUAGUUUCGGAAAAAGAUUUCUUGCUUUUUCAUGGAUGCCAUUGUUUCGUUUCUUUUUGGAUUUUAGAUACAAUGUGCAGCUGGUUUACAAUUACAUAGUGUUUGAAUAUUCACUUAUUUUUAUUCUAUUCCCUCUAUUUUCCUUAUAAAUUCACACUGCCACAACAAACCUGUUUCUUCAUAUUGUGCGUACUGAUAUAAUAAAUCAUAUAAUUACAAUUUAUAUGUCUAAGAUGAGUUAUUCAAGUGCUUCCAUGGGUUCUGGUAGUAGAACUGCUAGAAGAACUGUUGAAUUCGGGAGGACGUAUGUCGUGAGGCCGAAAGCGAAACAUCAAGCCACCAUAGUUUGGUUGCAUGGUCUUGGCGAUAACGGUUCGAGCUGGUCACAACUUUUGGAUAACCUUCCUCUUCCAAAUAUUAAAUGGAUAUGUCCUACUGCUCCUACGCGCCCGGUGACCGUGCUAGGGGGGUUCCCUUGUGCUGCAUGGUUUGACGAUGGAGAGCUUUCUGAAGACGGUCCAAACGAUGUGGAAGGUUUAGAUGCUUCGGUAGCACACAUAGCAAACUUGUUAUCAACCGAGCCUUCCGAUGUGAAACUUGGUAUCGGCGGAUUUAGUAUGGGUGCUGCAUGUGCACUUUACUCUGCAACUUGUUUUGCUCAAGGAAAAUAUGGAAAUGGAAACCCGUACCCGAUUAACUUAAAAGCUGUCGUUGGAAUAAGCGGAUGGCUUCCGGGUGCACGGAGCUUAAGGAACAAAAUAGGAUCAAAUGAUGCUGCAAGACGUGCUGCGUCAUUGCCUGUUUUGCUAUGUCAUGGACAGUGCGAUGAAGUAGUUCCAUACAAAUACGGAGAGAGGUCUUCCCAAAUGAUGAGUUCAGCUGGUUUCCGUUAUGUUACAUUCAAAGGCUAUGAAGGGUUAGGACAUUACACAGUUCCUCAAGAGAUGGAAGAAGUUUGUCAAUGGCUACACACAAGGCUUGGAGCCUGAUAGAUUAGUGGCUUAAUCAAGUUAACUAAUGUUUGCGUAAAAAAUAACGAAGAACAACAAGAAACUUACACGGAUUGUAGAGGCGCUUUGGUGGGGAUCGGAUGGUAUACAUAUAUAAAAUGUUGUUUCAUAUGUUUGUUGUUAUAAAAUAAGGAUUUUCGGGUGUUGGGAUUAUUGGUUCUUAGAUGGGAAUUUGUUGUUUGAUUAUUGUAAUGUGAUAUGGACUUUAGAUGGAAUUAUGAAGUUGCCUUUACAUAAA